UCAUAUUAUCAUUGAAAACCAAUUCUUAGACACUUCUUAGGUGACUAUAUUCAGAGAGAGAUAGAGAUAGGAAGGAGAAUUUAUUAAGUAGUCUCACACCACCAUGUAUUUAUAGUCUUAUAAAACAUAUUUAAGUGUUGAGAAAAAAUUAAUAACGUUUGAUUAACUGGGACCACGGUGAUCUCAUACCACUAUAUAAUUAGAGAGAAAAGAUAAAAUGAAGGAAGGUGUUUGCUAAUAUUAAAUAUCCAAAAAUCACGACUCAUUGUCAUUCCUCCCUAUUUUUGUCUCUCUCUCAUGGUGUAGGUAUAGCAGACAUUAUUCUAAACUCAGUGUUAUAAAUUCCUCUUGAGAAUAAGUCCCUCAACCUCUCACAGACAAAACACACACACUCUCCUGAUGGAACAUUCUCUGAAUCCUUCUAUGGGAAAAGCAGUGUCUGGCAGUGCCAAUGAGGAAAGCGGCUGGACUUCUUACUUUGAAGAAUUCUCUAAGGGCAUGGAGCAGCAAAGUUACUGUUCCAGUUUAGGUGGCUCCUCUUUGGUCUCAGAUGCUGCUUCUUGUGCUGCAUGGAAACUCUCACAUCACAAUCACCUUGUUUCAUACCCUUCUAAUAAUGUUAUCUCUAAGAAACUUCGUUUCAAGAAAACAAGAACCCAACAGAUAUCAGAUGAUGACCCUUUGGACGACACUGCUAGCUCCCCAGUCAAUAGUCCCAAGGUAGGAGACUUGAAAGUAUCCGGCAAGAAUGAUGAUCAACUGAAUGGUUCUACUUCUAGGGGUAAGGGGUUUAACUCACAGCAUUAUCCAAAGCUGCAGGCUGAUGAAUGUGACAUAAAUUUUAAUGGAAACAAUGUUGAGUGCAAAACAAACUUGAAGAAAAAGGGUCUCUGCUUAGUUCCUUUGUCCAUGUUGGUUAAUUAUUAUGGGUGAAUGGCACUUUUGUUUAUAGCCUUUUCCUUGUCUUGUAACCUUCUCUUUGUAUUCUUCUAUAUAUGUAGCUUGACUGCUCAGGUUAAUUACGUUGCUGUACACAUAGCAUGAUCAAUAACAGAUAAUCUCUGUCUUAUUUCAAUCACUGUUAACAUGAGAUCAUAACGUGAGUCCAUAAUUUAUGUUUU